UACCUCCCCUGUACACCGCUUGGUGUCCCUCCAUGCAAGUUUUCUCAAAUCAAAUCUCUCUCUCCCACCUCGCCACCAGCAUUUCUCCAUCAGUCUCUUUCCAGUCUCUCUGUGUCUUAACUCUCCUUCACUUUCAACUCGGUCAAGAUUUUCUGGUUCGAUUUUCUCGAGAAAAUGGCGGAAGAGAAAGAGUCGACGUCGAUUCCACUCAGUCAAGCUGAAAAUGGCGGUGAAGAUCCCGAGGAUCCCGUCAAGUCUCCUCCUACUUCUUCGUCUUCGUCCACUCGUCAGGCUUGUUGUUUUGUUCUUCAGAGUUGGAUCUCAAAGAAGUUCAUGACUGGAUGUGUAGUUCUUUUCCCUGUGGCAGUUACAUUUUUUGUGACAUGGUGGUUUAUUCAGUUUGUUGACAGUUUCUUCAGUCCGUUGUAUGAGAGGCUUGGCAUUGACAUAUUUGGACUUGGAUUUGUUACUUCUCUGGUAUUUGUAUUUCUCGUUGGUGUAUUUGUUUCAUCUUGGUUGGGCUCCACAGUUUUCUGGGUUGGGGAAUGGUUUAUUAAGCGCAUGCCCUUUAUGAAGCAUAUAUACUCAGCUUCCAAACAAAUUAGUGCUGCAAUAUCUCCAGAUCAAAAUACUACAGCUUUUAAAGAGGUGGCAAUUAUACGCCAUCCACGUGUUGGUGAAUAUGCUUUUGGCUUUAUAACAUCAACAGUCACCCUUCAGAAAGACAAUGAAGAUGAGGAGUUAUGCAGUGUUUUCGUCCCAACAAACCAUCUGUACAUCGGUGAUAUUCUCCUGGUUAACUCUAAAGAGAUCAUAAGACCCAAUCUCUCCAUAAGAGAAGGAAUAGUAAUGCAGAGAUCAUUGUUUCUGGAGGUAUGACAAUGCCGCAAAUCAUAUCCCCCAUAGAAAGAAUUGCUCGACAGAGUGAAAGAAUCCCGUUAAACAGAAUAACGUGAAGGCAUCACAGAAGACGCUUAUCAAUCAACUCUGUAAUUACUCUACAUCUGUGCUUGUAUUGAAGCUGUUUAUACCGACAGGAAGCAUAAGAUUAGGUUGUUUUCUUACAGUAGAGUAUGAAAUCACUGUGCGUGCUUAAUUCAGUUUCGUUGUUGCUAUAAUUUCUUUAUGUCCAUGUCAGGUUGUGCCGUUCGUGUGACUGUAUACUGUAAGAACUGAAAAUUUUCACAUGAAUUAUUUUAUAUGUAUUUUAAAUAAAGACCAUGAUUUUGAUA